UGACGAUGCGCUGUGGUCUGAUUCGUUUGAGCCUCCUCUGAGGACCUGGCGUGGCUUCCGUCGCAACCUUUGCAUGCAUCACUCACGCGCGAACGUCGAACGCUUGGGCUUAGCACACCUGUAACAACGAAGCGGGCGGAGCAUAUCUCAGUUCCCGGUAGAGGUUCUUCGCUCCCGAUCAAUGCACAGCAAUACGAUCAUCCUCAAGGCUAAACGGGGGCCGCAGAAAAGAACGAUGCACUGCUUUAUCACCGCCCUUCGUACGCGUCUAUAAUUACCCUCGACCUCCUAGCCCGAGUCAAGGAUCAUCGUACCCCCCUCCCACUCAACACACCGUACACGAUGAGCAACGACGCAGGAGCCGAGGCCGGCGCGGGCAUCGGUGGACUUUGCUCUGCCGUCAUAUUCUCGAUCUUGCAGCCGUUCUGCAACACGAAGCAGUACGGGAGCGGGGGCGGGAACCACGUCGCGGGGUGCUGUGGGUCGUGCUUCAACAACUCAUUCAACGAGGACAAGUGGGACAGGCGCGCAAACGCUGUGGCGGAUGCGCCGGCAGCGGCGAGUGCGACGAAAGACGAGCCGAAACCGUCGGAGGGGAUGAAGAUAGCUCCACCGCCCGAGGAGUCGAAACCCGCGGCCGCUACUGCUCCUUGAAGCCCUGGCAGAUAUGUUACACAGUCAUACAGAUUAUUGUGAUACCAUCCUCGACGUGUUUUAUGCCUGCUCAGCCCAGAAAGUCGGACUCGCCCUUCCGAAUGACCACGUCCAAGCCUUCCGCAAUCGGGGUUUCACCGCCGACGAAGUCGAUUCCCAGACCUGCAGCGCCUUCGCGAUCGAGGAGCAGAAACAAAGCCAUCGCGACGUCAUCGCGCUAUGCGCAGGAGACCCAUGAGUUUGAGCUGCAGCACGCGCGGAGAUAGAAACGCACCGAGAUCCUGGUCGUCAAAUGCGUGCGGCCGAUCGAAGCCGCGCCCGUGCCGGGCUCAUCUGUGAGUCCACCAGGGCGCAGCAUGGUCCACCGGAACGCGGUGCGUCGCGCGAGAUCUUUGUCGGCUUCGUACUUCCACUUGAGAUACACACCGAUGCUCGCCCGGAUCUGGCGCGAAACAGCCAGGUCCUCCUCAGUCUGUGAAACGCUUCAGCUGUGGGGCGGACGGGCAUGAUGUGUGACGAACGUAGUGCUCCGGCACCUUUUCCGGGUCCCGGACGUCCAUGCAUGAUACCAGGACGAGCCGCGGGCGGGGCUCCUCCCCCGCCUCAAGCGCGUCAAACACCUUCACCGCCCCGUCGAAGUCGACCGCCUUCGUGCGCGCCUCGCCGCCCCUCCCGCCCGCGCCCGCACUGAAGUACACCACGUCGGCGCCGCGGAACGCUUCCGUGAAGUCGGCCGUGGGGGAGUCCUCGAGCGAGAGGACGCGCGGCGUCGCGCCUGCGGCUUGGACGGCGCCUGCGUGGGCCGCGGUGCGGAUGAUCGAUGUGACGCGGUGCGCGGCUGCGGUGAGGAGCGCGGUGAGGCGGAGUGCGACCUUGCCGUGCCCGCCUACGACGACGACCUUCUUGGAUGGUGACAUACUGUAUGGUAUGGUUAGAAGGGAUAUCGCCGGAUCUUCUUUGAUUGUAGAUUAAGAGG